GCUUUUCUUCUCUUCCCCAGCAAGAAGCCAUCAUGGUUCACCUUGGGCAGCCCCUCAUGAAACACUACCCCAAGGCUCACCUCGUCGUCCGCUUUGCCCUCGGCGGCUGCACCAACAGGCCUUACUACCGGAUCGUGGUGGCGCAGAACAAGCGGGCCCGCGACGGCAAGUACGUGGAGCAGGUGGGCUGCUAUGACCCGCUCCCGAAUGACCACGGCGAAAAAAUUGUCGGCAUUAACAUUGAGCGGCUGAAAUACUGGAUUGCCUGCGGGGCCCAUUACACCAUGCCUCUUCAGAAGCUUCUGGGACUCGCUGGAUUCUUCCCCCUGCAUCCUAUGACCAUCACAAACGCAGAACGGAUCAAGAGGAAGCGAGCCCGGGAGGCGGCUUCAGCGACUGAGGCCACUUCUGUCACCGGUGAAGAGAACGCUGCUGCGAAAGAGUGA